UAUCAUUACAACCGGAUAUGUCCUGUCCUACCCUCGUUGUUAUCGGGGCAUUCAACGUUGGGUGAAGUACUCAAGUGAAGAUAGAUUAUAUUGCCUUGUGGUGUUGGGAGACGUCAAAUGCACCGAUGGUCCACGACAGUAUGGUUGGGUUCUCCGUCGUCUGGAUAUUCUUGUUCAUUGGAAGAGCACAGACAGACACCUUUGUUGGUGUGGAUUUUCCUGGCUUUUGUAAGCAGACAUGUUCAGCUUCAUGCCAAACAGAGUUCCAAGCCACAUCCACUCAUUUCUGUAACUGUGACGAGCCCUGUCCUCGCUUUGGUGAUUGUUGCAUCGGCUAUUUUGAGACCUGCCUAAACCUACAAACAGAUAAUGACAUCAUAUCAUUCUUGUAUGACAUCAAACGGAAUCUACAGUCACCCCGUGUCAGCUACAAUGAUGUUGGUAGAGCUGCUAAAUACUCGACUUGUAUGACGCUUCAUGCCACUGAAGUCAUAUCUAUAUAUAUGAUCAGCAAAUGUCCUGUAGAGUUUAACAACGACAUCGUCAGGGACAAGUGCGAGGGAAACGCCUACCCGUUUGAUGACCCCGUCACCAACAGAUGGAACCUUUAUGAGAUAUUCUCCAGCAUUUUCUGCGCCAUGUGUCAUAAUAUUCCCAGGCGAGAUAUGGUGGUAUGGAACUCCACCUUACGCUGUCCAGAUUCCACCCAACCAAUAACUAUGGAUUUCAUCACCAGCAGACCACCACCGUUCACGGUUUGUAGGACUCGUGUUGAGUACCACACUUCCUCGAAGAUACGUCGUUGUAAUACAGAAGAACCUGCUGCCUCAUGCGAUACGAACAGCACAGGGUACGGUUCCCUGUCUUCAAGGGAACUAAAUCUGUUGUGUCACAGCUAUAUCACCAGCGUAGCGGACGGAAGUAGUCGUGUCUACAGAAACCCCCACUGUAUGGCAUGCAGUACAAACAGGACUUUCACAGAGGAGUUAAGAUGUUAUCUUCAUUACGUUUCUGCAGGUGGAAUCCCUGGAAACAUAAUUGAAUAUAGUAAGAAUAUUUCACCUAUGGACAUGUCCUACAUCUUCUACAGCCAAUCUGGAGCAAUAGUUUCAGAACCUAUUCUUUGUUAUGACAAUCAAACCGGGAAUGGCAUCCUCAAAACAUGUGAAGAUAGGGUAUGUUCGAAUUCUACUUUGAUACGUGAUGAGUGUUUUUAUGUUAAAAAUGUACAAAAUUCCUUCGAAAACAAAAACUUGAUCCUUAAACUGCAACUUGAUACGACCGAGGAGACACCAGAUCUUUCAAGGGUGUUUCAAGGCAUAAGGUCAUCCAUGACAAUGGCCAUAAUAAACACAGGAGACAAACAUGGCCUCCACGUGAACAACCGAAGCAUUAGAAUAGUAUAUGCUGCUUUAACGCCUUUGAAAACGAAUAUGAGUGACUUUGUUUACAAAAUUGAUUUUGAAGUGGACAUUGAUUCAAUGCUGUCGGAUGCCAUACGACUGUUACAUAUAGCCCUUUUACAGUAUAGACACACAGACUCAAUCGAUGUAACGCUUGGCAAGAUGGUGAUGUCUAAUGUACAUGACAUUGACACCGUGGAAUGUUCAGCUGGUGAAAAGACUGUAUUCAAAAAUAUGCCAGUAGUGGAGUCUGGUGGCAAACUGUAUGGUAUGUUUGCAAAGUCCAGCAUGCUGGUUGAUCUGGAGCAGGGAGUCUACUCAGUCCUACUUAGCCACCAUUACGGAGUUUUACAUCUACAGGAAUUUGUCUUGUGUCUGUCUGAGGCGGAAAACACGUAUCUCAAUCACCCCACAAAAUCCAGGCUUGACGACUGUCAGACGGUCGCUUUCACCGAGAGCGAAUAUAAGCUGACAGAGCAUGACCAACUGAAGCUGAAUAAAAAUGGUCAUGUAAUAUCAAAAGGUCAGUACAUAAUUAAGGGCGAUGUUGCACAUGUAUGUACAGAUGUUUUAAAAUCUCUUCUAGCCACCGUGCAGGCGGACCACAUGGCUCAUGGGACGAGACUGUACAAAACAAUAUCCCUUGCGAUUGCUCUUGCCUGUGUGAGUUUAUCUCUCUGCACAAAACUGAUACAGAAAGACUAUGAAGAGAAACACAAUAAGUUCCAACUAUGCUUAAUCUCCUGUUUAAUCAUAGCCUUCGCCUUAGAUUUGUUAGAACAUGAGCCAGAUUCAUUAACAGGGUUGUCAGUGUCAGCUUUACAACAUUUCGUAUGGUUGUUAGUCUUCAUGACCCAUAUGCUCCACGUUUUUUGCCUGCUAGAGAAAGCCCUGAACUUGUUCAAAGACACCAAAACCAAACCUCGCUGGCUGCUUCUUUUAAUUGGGUGCAUUUUGAUAGCAUUGAUCGUGGUUGUUGUGUGCCUAGUCCUUGAGAAAGAACAUUCUACGUUGUACGUUGGGUACGGCCAGGGUCGAGUCGUGCGUUGGAUGGGCAGUUGGCAAGCACAGCUGGUGUCCUACGUUUUGCCUGUAGGAGUGAUGUCACUUACAACAUCAGCCUGUCUAGGCUACACCUUGUGGUACUGCUGGAGACUCAGUCACAGAUACGACUCGCUGAAAGGAAGACUCUGCUGUCGAUGUCAGAAUGAUGUCCUACUUACCCUUCUGCUGGUUCUCCUCGCUUCCUGUGGGGUCAGUGCUGAGUAUACCCGUAUCAAUGCCCUCGAAGAACUGUAUUAUACAAUGCAUAUUGUGAUGGCGUUCUUCCUGGUCCACACGCUCGUCGUAACAAACAUGGUCAUACAUCCGUGCACUCUGUCCACCGGUCGCGAAGCAGCCAACUUUGAUGCUAUUCCUUCUGGGAGAACCUCCCCCGACCUUACACAUGCUCAAGUGUUUACUAUUCCAACAGGUAAAACAGUAAGUGAGUGAGUGAGUAUAUUUCCCCCCGCUUUUAGCAAUACUCAUGCAAUAUUACUGCAUGGAACAACAGAAACGGGCUACACAUAUGUCCCCCAACAUGGUGAAGCCGUAGGCGCUUUAUAUACAUAUAUGUCCUUGUUGGAAAUAGGGUUACCCUGUGAGUUAAAUUUGGUCUUCAGCAACCCAUUGUAAGAGGCGACUAACGGGAUCGGGUGGUCAGGGUCCCUGACUUGGUUGACGCAUGUCAUCGACUUAGAUCGAUAAUCAUGAUAUCAACCACUUGAUUGGCUGACCCUACCUCGAUUACUGUACAAACCGCAGUCACUUUGCUGGUAUAAUGUUCCAAACUGCAGUGAGUGAGUGAGUUUGGUUUUACGCCGCUUUUAACAGUAUUCCAGUUAUAUCACGGCGUGUCAGCCUUAUGUGGGAGGAAAGCCCGAAGUGAUGCGGGUCUCAGACGAUUACCAC